GUAAAAUAAAAUCCAUACCAUAAAUAAUUUCUUUAUCUCCUGCGCCACCCGACCCGACUAGGGUUGUUUUAUCGAGCACCGAUCAGCAGCUUCCUUGGUCGAGGAGCACCUCUCCUUUCAUACAGCAGCCUAACCCGACCCGAUUAGACCUCUCCAUUCUCCCAUUCCAAUCGACGCAGCCAUUAGCAGCUUCCUCGGCCAAGGAGCACCUCUCAUUCCAUACGACGGCUAGACUAGAGGGAGAAGUAUAGAGACUGCCUGAGAGGUGGAGAUGGACGCAAGGAGGCUUGAAGAUCUAAAGCUCUUCGUUGAUCGCUGCAAAGCAAACCCUUCAAUUUUAUACAAUCCUUCUCUUUCAUUUUUUAAGAGCUAUCUGGAAAGCAUGGGAGCUCUUAUUCCUCCGAAGAUCAAAACUGAAAAUUAUGAUGAAGAGUUUCCUGAUUAUAAGAAGCCCAAUGUUUCAAGUAAUGAUACUAUGGAUGAUGGUAUAGUUGAGUCUGAUGUUGAAUUGGAUAGUACCGAUGUUGUGGAGGCUGACAAUGAUCUCCCCCAGAAGAUGGGUGAUCCUUCAAGAGAAGUAACAGAGGAAAACCAAGAUGCUGCUCAGAUUUUGAAGGGUAAAGCCAUGGACGCAAUUUCUGAGGGGAAUCUGAAUGAAGCCAUGGAUCAUUUAACAGAAGCUAUUUUGUUGAAUCCAAUUUCCUCAAUAUUAUAUUCAAUGAGAGGUAAUGUGUUUAUUAAACUCAAGAAGCCAAAUGCUGCAAUAUGUGAUGCGAAUGCUGCUUUACAGAUCAACCCCGACUUAGCAAAAGGAUAUAAAGUCCGAGGAAUAGCAAGGGCAAUGUUAGGACUGUGGGAAGAGGCAGCUAGUGAUCUGCAUGUUGCAUCACAGAUAGAUUUUGAUGAAGAAAUCAAUGAGGCGCUAAAAAAGGUUGAACCUAAUGCCCGUAAAAUUGAAGAGCACCGCUGGAAAUAUGAACGUUUGCGGAAGGAGAGAGAGCUAAAGAAAAUUCAGCGCGAGAGACAAUGGAAAAGAGCAGAGUUUAUUUUUAAGAAGGAGAAAGUGGAACAAACUUCUGGCCCUGAAUCUGCUUCUGUUCUCAAGGAUGGUGAAGUAAUUGCAGUUCAUGGUCAGGAGGAGUUGAAUAAGAAGUUAAAUGCUGCGUCAAAAAUAUCGCGAGUUGCAAUAAUAUAUUUCACUGCAACAUGGUGUGGGCCUUGCCGUUACAUGUCACCCCUUUAUACAAGCUGGGCCGGGAAGUAUCCAAACGUUGUGUUUUUGAAGGUUGACAUUGAUGAGGCCAGAGAUGUGGCUGCUAAAUGGAACAUUGGCAGUGUGCCAACUUUCAUCUUUAUAAAAAAUGGAAUUGAGGUUGACAAAGUCAUAGGUGCUAGCAAGAAUUCCCUUGAGAAGAAGAUUGCUUUACAUACUUGUAGUUGAGCUAAUUUGUGAAUGAUGGAAUCCAAGCUGUAAAGACAGAAGCCUUUUAGGACAAAAGGAAUGGGCAGCACAAGAGUGCUUGUGUGGAUGUUAUUGUGCCAAACAGGCAAACAAGAUAACUUUAUACAUUAAGUUCAUAACAGAAUCAUUGAUAACAUUCUUUCAGUAGCUUAUUUGCUGACAUUCUGCAAAAUUUUUGUUUGGUAAUACGACUACAAGGGUUUUCUAA